AUGGAACAUGUAGAGUUUCAAGUAAUCAAGACGUCCCAUUAUAACAAUGUCCUUGAUCAGUCUUCAAACACUUACUUGCAUUACCCGAAACCCAAACCUUUUAAUUGGUUUACUAGAAACCCCGUGCGUUUGUUUGUCAUUAUUUCGAUGCAAAGAUCAGGAAGCGGUUGGUUUGAAACCCUAUUGAACAAUCAUAUGAAUAUAAGCUCGAAUGGCGAGAUAUUCGGUCAGAAAAAUAGAAGACAAAAUCUUUCAUCGAUUAUUAAUACCCUCGAUAGGGUUUAUAGUUUGGAUUUGAUUACUCGUUCAUCCAAGAACGGUUGUUCAACAGCGAUCGGAUUCAAAUGGAUGCUUAAUCAGGGUUUGAUGGAACACCGUAAAGAGAUUCUUCAUUACUUUGCUAAGAAGGGCGUUUCUGUCAUUUUCUUCUUGAGAAGAAAUAUGCUAUGUAGAUUGGUUUCUAUCCUUGCCAAUUCAUUUGAUAAACAUGCGAAGCUUCUAAAUGGCAUGCAUGUAUCUCAUGUACACUCGCCCAAAGAGGCUUUGACAUUGUCAAAAUUCAAACCCACAAUCAACGUAAGUUCGUUGAAAUCAGAUUUGGGUGAGAUGGAAUCAACCGCUAUGAAGGCGCUUGAGUACUUCAAUAGUACAAGGCACAUCAUAGUGUAUUAUGAAGAUCUCGUCAAGAACCCUUAUAAACUGAUACAAGUAGAAGACUUUCUGGAUCUACCCCGAAUGGAGUUAAGUAGCCGACAGGUAAAGAUACAUAAUGGACCCUUAUCAGAACAUAUUAAAAACUGGGAGGAUGUCAAGAAAUCUCUUACCGGAACACCAUAUGAGAGAUAUCUUAGAGUUGACUACUGAUUGAUGCAACAUAAAUGUAUCCCGAGGUCGUUGGUUUAUUGAUUUUUGAAGAUUUGUAUGAAUGUGUA